AAAGGAGAAAUGUUUUUUUUUUCCCUUUUUUUUUUUAUGAAAAGAAAAUGUCGUUUAAGAAUUGGUCAAUUUGCCUCGUGAAUUCCACCCAAAUAUCCGAUUUAAAUGAUGCCAUGGAGCAUAUGAGACGGACAGAAGAAUUACGAUGGAUUCUUCAACACACAAGGCAGCCUGCACUUUCAAGACAGAUUUUUGUUUGCAGAUGACAAACCAUGUUCUGCUCAAACAAGCCAAAGAAGGGUCAAAUUUUGUGUCAUCUCCUUUAUCAUUCCAUGUUGUUUUGAGUCUAAUUGCUGCAGGAUCAAAGGGGCAUACGCUGGAGCAGGUUCUUUCCUUUCUCGGAGCAGAAACGGUUGACAGUCUUAAUCAUUCAUCUGCACAGAUCAUCAACCUUAUAUCUCCAGUCGAAGAAACGAAAAAGAGAAAAAGCCCUGAUGAAAGCCCUGAGAAAGGUCCAACCUUGUCCUUUGUUAAUGGUGCCUGGAUUGAUCAAAGAUUCAGCUGGAAGCCUUCUUUUGAAGAUGUUCUCAAAGAAGUUUACAAAGCAAAAUUCCAAGAAGUUGACUUUGCAAGAAAGGCUGAUGAAGUAGUUGAUGAAGUGAAUGCAUGGGUGGAAAGGUCAACUGAAGGACUAAUAAAACAACUUAUACCAGGAAGUUCCUUAGAUAAGGAGACAGUGCUAAUUCUUGCAAAUGCACUCUACUUCAAAGGAUCAUGGGACCAAAGAUUUGAUCCAUCAAGGACUAAACAGAGAGACUUCCACCUCCUAAAUGGAGAAAUUGUUCAGGCUCCCUUCAUGACCAGCAAGGGAAAUGAGGAACAUUUUUAUGGAUCCUUUGGUGGUUACAAAAUACUUCAGCUCCCCUACCAAAGUGGUGGAGAUUCAAGAAAAUUCUCAAUGUACAUGUUUCUCCCUGAUGAGAAAGAUGGCUUGCCAAAUCUAAUCCAAAGAUUCAAUUCUGAUCCUGGCUUUUUUAAUCAGCCCUUCCGGCUGAGGAAAGAGAAACUAAACAAUCUUUGGAUCCCGAGAUUUAAAUUCUCAUUUGAGUUUGAAGCUUCAGAGACAAUGAAAGAAAUGGGACUUGAGCUACCAUUCCUGAAGUUUGGUGCAGAGCUAACCGAGAUGGUGGAUUCACCCAUAAGCAACAAGCUGUAUAUCUCGAACAUAUUCCAUAAAUCCUAUAUUGAAGUCAAUGAAGAGGGGACAGAAGCAACAGCUAGCACGGCUUUAAGUAUAAUGUCCUUUAGUCUUAAGUGGUUUGUGGCUGAGCAUCCUUUCAUGUUCAUGAUAAGAGAGGAGACUUCAGGGCUUGUGUUCUUCAGUGGGGCAGUACUAAACCCACUUUUGGAGGCUUGAGUCCUGCAUGUCUCCACAUAGCCAAUAGUUAAUAAGUUCUGGAUGAUGCCUUUUUUCUGUAUGCAUGCAGCGCGCAUUCAUGUCUCCUAUAGAGAAAUGAAAUGAUAGAAUAAAGAUGGAUUUUAUUU